CAAAAACCGCAAUGAUGUAGCGAAACUUAUAGCGAAGCGCAAUCCACCGUGUUAUUUAGGCCAAGAAGAUCCUCUCAUCCUUGAGGAUUGGAUUCGCACUUUCGACAAACUUUUCGACGCUAUAAACUGCCCUGCAGAUCAACGAAUUAAUACGGCUGCGUACUAUCUACGCCAAGAAGAUCCUCUCAUCCUUGAGGAUUGGAUUCGCACUUUUGACAAACUUUUCGACGCUAUAAACUGCCCUGCAGAUCAACGAAUUAAUACGGCUGCGUACUAUCUACGUCAAGAAGCAGACAAUUGGUGGGCCACGACUGCCCCAACGUUGCGUCAACAACCUGACUUUUCUUGGGAGACGUUCAAGGAGGCAAUGCGAAAAAGAUUCUACCCCGAGCACGUGAGAGCUGAGAAGUAUGAAGAAUUUUUACACCUGA